CAAAGAGACAGCAAUAAGCUAUUCUGCUGCUGUAGGGCUCACGGCUCUGCUGACUGGAGCAUAUUUUCAGCUGACGGGGAGUUUGUGAUAAAGGCAAACGGGUGAAGCUGAGCUGGAGCUGCCUCCAGUGUGUGUCUUGGUGUGAGUUUGUGUGUGUGAAAUCAUCCCAAGUCAAUAUAUCACGGCCUGGUCGAAGGCAUUGUGCAUAUAACUAAUACAGUUUAAUAAGAACUGUGCCAGCCAAUCAUAGUCACGCUGCGAUGCUGCCUGACACCACAGAGUUACAGAGCCUACUGCAUCCACCAGGCCCAGAGAUACGACUCCUUCCAGCCUCAACAUCCCCAUCAGAAGACGGGAAACAGAGGAGACCCAGCUAGAAGUGCGUCUGCAGGUGGAGCCGACACAAUCCAAGGAGGAAGACUUACCUGCACAGAACAGAGCCCGAAGAGAAACCAAAGAAGAACAAGACCAUCUGUCUGCUAAAUCAAAUGAUGAGAAUUACACAGUUCAUCAAAAUGAAACAUUCCAUUUCUGCAGAAAGUUUCAGGUUAUUAAAUUGUGUAUUAUUGUGAAAGAAGCAUUCUACCCUUGUAGCUGAUCCGGAUGGAGUAAACGACGACAUGAAAAGGUGUUAAGCAAAGUAAAAUGAUUACAAGUACCUCAAAUGAGUGAAUGUACUUUGUUACUUUGGUUAGGAUUAGUCUAAUGACUCAUGUCUAAUGCAUUUAGUAUUUUGUCUUUAAAGGAGCAGUACUACGCUUUUUUCUUUCCCUUCUCUUCAGUGCUGUUCAGGUUCUCGUGCAUGUUGAAAGUUGAAAAUGUCAAAGUCUGCACCAGUGGAGGCUCCUGUCUCAGAUAACUCCGUGCCUGAAACGCCUCCAGCGCGCCUCUCACCGCGCCUUGGAUGCCGUGUGAUCAGCAGCGCAGAGCGGAGCAGAGAGCGUCCAGCACACCGCCGUCUGCAACCAGCACCGCAACAAUAAAACCCAAAACGAUGACAUUCUUACAGAUACGACACAAACAAACCAUCAUUUGACAACUUCCGAGCCUGCACCUUGCCUUCGCCGCUCCUUGCUGUAAGUGCCCUGCUCCAACUCUCCGGCCCUGCAGUCCAGCGGGACCAUGAUGCUCAGCAGCUCCGUGGAGGUGCCCAGCCCGGGCGGGAUGAGCGGCCUUAGCGGGCUUAGCGCGGCGGCCCGGAACGUGGUGCGCUCCUCCAGCAUCUCGGGGGCGAUGUACAGCCUGGAUAAGAGUCCCGGCAGCGGGGGCCCAGACUCCGCAUCACUGGCCGGCAACAAGAAGCGGCGCUCCAGUCUGGGAGCCAAGAUGGUGGCCAUCGUGGGGUUGUCGCAGUGGAGCAAGAGCACACAGCAGCUCAACCAGCAAGACGGCGGGACGAAGAAGCUUCGCAGCACCAUCAGACGGAGCACGGAGACCGGCAUCGCGGUGGAGAUGAGGAACCGGGUGACACGGCAGGGCAGCAAGGACUCCACCGACGGCAGCACCAACUCCAACAGCUCCGACGGAACGUUUGUCUUCCCUACAACACGCCUGGGGCCUGAGAGCCAGUUCAGUGACUUCCUGGACGGACUAGGCCCCGCUCAGAUCGUAGGCCGGCAAACACUAGCUACACCCCCCAUGGGGGAUGUCCAUGUAGGCAUGGUGGACAGAGGAGGGCAGCUGGAGGUGGAGGUCAACCAGGCCAGAGGGUUGACCCCCAAACCGGGCUCCAAGAACAUACCAGCGACCUACGUGAAGGUGUAUGUGCUGGAGAAUGGCGUGUGCUUGGCCAAGAAGAAAACCAAAGUAGUGAAGAGGAAUCUGGACCCCACCUACCAGCAGGCUCUGUUGUUUGAUGAGAGUCCUCAGGGCAAAGUCCUACAGGUAAUAGUGUGGGGGGAUUACGGGCGUAUGGACCACAAGUGCUUCAUGGGAAUGGCCCAGAUCCUCCUGGAGGACUUGGACCUGUCUGCCACAGUCAGCGGCUGGUACAAGCUGUUCCCUACCUCCUCCCUGGCAGAUCCCAGCAUCGGACCCCUCACCAGACGCCUCUCCCAGUCCUCCCUGGAGAGCGCCACCAGCCCCUCGUGCACCUAGACACCCGAGUAGACACCCACAUGCGCAGGCACAGGCAGAGUCAUGCAGACAUGGACACACGUACUGUAUAUACACAACGACUGUAUUUGAAGUGCAGGACAGGUAGACACACACACACACACACACACACACACACACACACAUAUAUAAACCUACAUGUGCAUCUGUGCAGGAAGAAUCUCAUCCACAUGACGACACACAUCCUUUUACUGGACAUUAUCUUACACCGUCCAUAUUCUCACACUCACCUGAUCUGUGUUUUUAGUCGAGAGGACGUUUAGCUUGAAGUACAAACGUAAUUUUACUGGAGCACGUCACAUUUCUCACCCUCCCAUUCCGACACGUCCCGCCGCGACACACGCCGACGACCCGCCGGGUGCCAUAUUCUGCAUUCCAAAGUACCAGAUCUCCGUGGCACGACUCAUCCCAGGGUUCAUCCCGAUGCCAGUUUCUAAACUCUCUAUGCCAAACUAAGAAAAAAAACUUUAUUUUUUAAAACCAAAGCAAUUGUUAUUGUUGUUAUUAUUACUAUAAGUAGUAGGUGAAGUAGUAUACAAUAUAAAGUAUGGAUAUGUAGCAGAGUCAAUGACUUAGAUGUAAUGCAAAAAAAGAAGACACAUUCUACACACACGGGCUGAGAACGGUAGGCCAAACACAUAGACACACCUGGGCAACAGGCUUGGACAUUCACAUAAUGGCUAUUAUGUGAGGUAGCAACACUGCUAUUCUAUAAUUUUCACAGGGCAGAAUUUAUAUAUAGAUAUACAUAUAUAUAUAUAAAUAGAUAGUAAAAGACUUAUUUGUGUUUAUGUAUGUAUCGGCUGCAUUCUGCAUGUUUGCUUGCAACCCUCGUAGAGACAUUUUAAAGUGCUUCGAUCUUUUUCAUUUAGCUUGACCGGUGUAACGGGAGUAUAGUGGCGCUUUAUUUUGCAAUCCGAGUUAAAAACAGCACUGCACUGAGCGAGGGAGGAGAGGGACAGGGAGAGCGCCAUCACCGCCAUCUGCAGAAGAAGAGAGUGAAUUAGUCAGCCAGCUUUACCCAGAAACACAUUUCUGAUCCUGCCUUCGUCUUCAGAGUCUACAGGACCGUUGUAGCACACAGGGCGCUCAGCACGAAGGUGUCGUCGGAAAUGUGUCCAGCUCCUGUCUGGAGUUCUUGUGUUCCACAUCCAGGGGGUGCCACAGUCUCUUCUCUGUGUACUCUAUACCAGCACCUAGACUUGUUUGAACUUCCUGUUGAUUUUCCCUGUCGUGAUGUCAUCUUUUUUCACACUUCUUCCUGAAUCGAUGAAGGAGGUAAGCGUGCCUCUGUCUUUUCUCGCCACAGCUGGCGCCGACUACAACGCUCAGCCCUCCACUCGUCUCCUCCGUCACACCGAUUGUAUCCAAACCUGUUGUAAAUGUGUAAAACAUGUAUUUGAUUUCUUUUUGAUAUCCGACUAUUUUAUGCCAGUAUUUCUUUGCGAGCAGGGUGAUUGCGACCCUGCCACAUGUGGUGAUUUUACUUGUUUCAGGUGCAAUAUGUCACUCCUCAUAUUUCCUGUCAGGCUGUUUGUAAUGAAGACGGCACUUUACUGUAAAAUAUGUAUUAUGUUCGAACAUGGUUGAUCACCUGUUUACUUAUUCUGUUUUAUGUUUUCGGUCACACACACUGCAGUGUGCGCCUCUGAAUCUUUUAAUGGAAUUCCAGCAUGGAAAUGUAACUCAAGUGUAUUUUGAAUGUCAGCGUGAGGGCUCACUAGGACAGUCCAAACAGGUCGCUUCUGCCACUGAAGUCUGAGAAAAUCAUUUGUUUGCAAAACAAAGUUAAAUCAUCUACAGCAUACACGUGCACAAGUGAGUAUGUUUAAAUUUUGACCUUUUGUUAAAGGUGAAAAAAAGUAGUUUUUUUUGCCACCGGUUGAAUUCAUCCUCCAAACAAACCGGGGCAGCGUUUGACCAGAGUAAAGACUAACUGCUGCUAACUGCUGCUAACUGCAGCUGCUGUAAGCUACUUAGCUCAGUUAGCCAUGCAGUUAGCACACCCCUUAGCUGCCUCUGCCUGGACAGGGAGCUUGGAGUACGGAGGGAGUUCUGGUUUUGUUUACUUCUGGAAGAAAGUGUCCAGGGGCUAACUAGUUAGCAUGCAACAGACCUCUUGGACACAACUUAAAACAACUUCUUCACAUUCUGUCGAUAAUUUGCGCUAAUCACUGAAUGGUUUAAACUCAAAUUCUUACAAAGUGCACCUUUAAAACCAGAACAGAUGCUUUUUGUGUCUAUUUUUUACAGAAAUGCCACUUGGCUCUCUCUAUUUGAAGCGUUUUAAGUAAGACUGACCUGUCGGCUGUUAAAGGACAAUGUGCAAUGGUUCACUGAUAGCAGAAGAGUGGCGGAGCAAACUAAGCUAAUGGUGUUUACUGUUUUUCUUUAAGAUAAAAAUAUAUUUUCCCUCUGUGGAGCUUGCUUUGAAUCCGUCUGUCCUGAGACCAACACCAACCUUGUGUAUUGAUGAAGACAUUUGAAGACUGUCGUACUCAUGUUACCUGAUUGUCUCGAGCUAUAGGCUCUUAAAAGCUUGUGUGUGUUUACGAGCUCACGUUACGUUUUUAUCGCCGCCACAUGGUCGAUCGUCUGCUGAGGACUGUUUCGCUUGUUCCUCUCGUCAUCUCUCUGCAAAAAGGGAAACUCUGAGGCGUUUCAUCCUCUCAGCACCUCAGACCAACAGAAUUCACAUUCUCUUUUGAACUUUGGAUAAAGGGAUCUCUGGCAUUCUUGAAUUUUUUUUAAGAUUAAGAUGACGGUCACUUUUGACCCUCCCAUCAUGUACACAGCCCUUUUUAGAUGAACCGUCAAGGUCCUGGUUCCAAUUUCUUUGUACGUUUUGGAGCUAUUCCUUGGUGGAUCUGCUACAGUGAUGCUCGUGUAUAUGAAUUAAUUUUAUGUACCUUAUUAAUUUCUAUCUAUUUUUGUGGACAGUUGGCAUGAUGUAAAAAUAAGGACUUAUAAUACUCUUGGUAUUUGCACACGUUCUCUUCAGUGCGCCUUUUGUGAGGACAAAAAAAAAAAAAAAGCUUGUUUGACGAAAUGGAGAGAACAUAAAUCAAAAAAAUAUAGAAAUAGAAAUCUAGAAGAAAUAACUAGACUUAUUUAACAUCCCUGAAUGUUUAGUCCUUGGUAAACUCUUAAAAAAAUGCUGUUAAUAUUUUUCCAUGAGCUUAUAUGAGACCCGUGUGUGUCCCCCUUCUCUGUAUAUUGAGUAGCCCUAGACAUUAACAGUACUACCGACUGAAAGCAGAGGGAGAGACGAAGCAAAGAGAUGUAUGAUUAAAGUGAUUUCUAUUGAGAGCGUUAGCCGAAUUUUGAUUCCUGCAACCAAAAGGAAAGUUGCAACAUUGCCGUUCUUCUAAGUGUUGUGAGGGUCGAGUUGUCUUUAUUGUGCUGUGUGAUAAAACUGAGUGACAAGGUGCGAGUCAGAGGUCUAAAUGUGUAGAUAUAUUUUAAAGAAGCCACCUGUGAACUCACGUUGUUGAGCGCGGUGAGGAGAAUUUAAGGAUCAGGGUUUCCAUAGAUGAACAUUAACAUCUAUUUCUCUCAUCAUAGCAUUUUACGGUCCUAUACAUUAGAGAGAAUUUACUGUAGUAUCACAUAAAUAAGAUGCAUUGUCUCAUCACAUGGUCAUUAUUUAUUUGGACAAAGACUCGACUGGUUUAAGUCAGUCGAGAAAGGAGGCUGAAAGGGAGGUGAAAGGCUCACGGGCAGCAGGGCAGAGUUACAGCAGGUCGUCGGAGAGUCCGAACGGUUUUGGGAAGUUAAGCGAUGCUUCGAUGUUUUCUGUAAAUGUGAUGGAAGAUGCGUUCAAGAACAUUGGCUAAAUGUUGUAUUAACCAAAGCGUCGAUUAGAGACUGAGCAGUUUAUGGGAAACACAAGCCUUUCGCCAGAAUGAACGUUGGCAGUGUACAUUUCUGCAAACCAAACGUUACAUUUUAGUUGUCUUUAUGUUCAAGUCUUAAUUUCAUGUUGUGACAGCGUGUAGCUCGUGGUCCGGUUAGGUCACCACAAACACGGCUGGAAAUUCUCCUGUCAAAAAUAUCACGCUGACAAAUGUUGAACGUUAUCAAAAACACUUACAAAUGCUAACAUGCAGUCUUCAACGGUGAUCUGGCGUAAAAAAUAUCCAGUGGGUUCACAGUCACAAAUGUUUCGAUGCCUGCUUGAAUCCCAUUAAAAAUAUCCAGUUCUUACAAAUGUUAACAUUCUGCCAAACGCACCUAUAAAUGUUAAAAUGAACUCUUGUUAAAAUUUUCCAGUGAUGUCAUGCUUUUAAAUGUUAAAACACCGUCUUGAACAGUGAUCUAUUGUAACAAUAAAAAUAUCCACUGGUUCCAUUCUUACUGACGCGCUUACUAAUGUUAAAUCUAUACAGUGGUUUCACGCGUGCAGAUGUUUAAACACCGUCUCUCUCAGUGGCAUCUCCUUAGAACAUAUCCAGUGGUUUCACAUUUACAAAUCCAAAAACACUUUCUUGAACGGUCUCUUGUUGAAAAUAUCCACUGGUUGCAUUCUUAUAAAACUGAAACAGCGAUCUCUCAUGAAAAACAUCCAGUGGUUUCACGCUUACAAAUGUCGAAACGUAACCUCAAAGUCUUGCCUGGCUGUGAUGCCGCCACCAUGCACGACAGUCGGCUCAUAUACAUAACGUAAUGUAGAAAUGCUGUAAUGAAAUUUGAUUGCAGAAAUGUACACAGUCGACACGUCCCUCUCGUGACUGGGCUGAUCAGCACGGAGCAGUUAGCGCUUGUGUUUCAGACAGGUGGAGGUGCUGUCAGCGUCUCAUCGCGGCUCGGCUGAGGUUGGAAUGUAAACCCAUACACGCUGCUCGCUUGCUUCCCCCGUAAAGUCCACGUCGAGCAUUCUCCGAAUCAGUUUUUAUUUUGUGCAGAACUUUUAUAAUGUAUCCUCGAUCAACCCGAGUUGUCUCUUGUUGAGCGCUAUGUUGAAAAUGUGUUUUAUUUUUGUAAGGAGAGAGGUUUUAUUCUGAGGAUGAGGAGGAGGAGAGAGAGAGAGAGUCAGAGAGGAGGUGUGGGCAAAAACCUGCCUUUAGAUUUAUUGUGUAAAAUGAGGGCUUGUUCAGUUUACAAUGGCCUUAUUUUUGUGUAGGAGACAUUGCUUCACUAUUGUAGCACACAACUGAAAGUUUUGACAAAUGUAUUUUGCUUGAAAUAUUGUACUGAAGUUAUAUAUGUGUAUAUGUAUAGUUUUAUGAAUGUAUUUCUUAUCCUUACACCAGAACUGAGUGUAAUUCUUCUGUCAUCUUGUUUGCUAUACCGUCUCUUUGAAGACUUUCCAGGGACCUCGCCUGCGUUGGUUCAGGCGCCCCCCAACUACUUUUACUGUACUGUAUUCUGUACGUCUUAUUCUUUGUGUGUGUUCAUUUGAAAGAGCAGCUCUUGUGGUUUGAAAAACGAGCAUGAAACUCUGUCUGGCGAAAUGCAUUUUUAUUUAUUUGAAUCGCCACGAUGGGCGUUGAACAGAACGGAUCGCUAUUCCCCCGUCCUGCAGCGACAAACUAAUCGAUUUAUCUACCAAGCUGAUGGGAUUGUUAUAAUUUUUUGUACUUUAAACUAGAAAAUGUUUGCAGCAUGGUUACUCCGAUGACUUUCUUGUAUUUAAUCUUUAUGAUGGUAUGAUAUUGAUGAUGAUGAUAAUGUUAUCGACAACUGACGAGUGAUGAGGAAGUCAAUUAGACCCAGUAUGAAAAUCAAAGGAAAUUCAUUGAAAUGCAAAUGAAAAAGAAAAAAAAAUGCUGUAACUUAACGUAGCAUGGACCUUAGCUUUCCAUUUUCUGAACUUCUUCUUCUGGCAAUAACCACCGGCUGUAGCCUCCACUGUUCUCUACGUCUGGCUUCGGCCUCGUUCUCACUCAUUCGGUCGUAGCAAACCUCAGGCUGAAUCCGGAUCAGCUGAUGAUGACGAAUAGAAUCACAUUGUCGAGCACUAGAAGCGACUUAGACUCAGCCGAGCAUGCGAUGCAUUGUGAAGAACUGUUAUUUUAUGAUCGCCCCCACGAGCAACAAAUUUCUAUCUUUUUAACUUCUUAUCUGACUCUUUUGUUUUCUAACGGAGCAUGCGCUCCACAUGUCUGUUUGCCAAUGUAGCAGCUGUCAACGAGAACAAAAACAGACAUGAUUCCUGAGCUGAUGGGAGAGUUUUCCACUGCUGAAUAUGCCAGUACGUCUUCAUCUGCGUCUGUAAACGUCUGUAAUCGCAGCACAAGUUUCCUAAGUAGGCAUUUUUUGUCCUUUUAGCUGUCUCUUACUAUACUAAGGCCACUGUAGCUCUCCUCCCCGCUGUCAAGACAACCUUCAGUUUAUCAAACCCAGCAAAGCACAAACCGCACUAAAACAACCCCAACGAACGGCCGAAUGUGGGACGACUGAUGACAUUUAAUGAUGUUAGCAUCUCGGAGUCAAAUGCAAAGAAGGACGGGAGCAUCAAAACGUUCAGCCGAGUUAAAUCAGAUUGCUGGUGUUGGUAAAAGAGCGGUUGUCUUUUCUACACCGGCCUUAACCUUUCCCACUGAGGAGUGUUCACAGAGUACGUUUCAAAGGGCAAAGCAUAGCAGACGGUCUGAGGAAAGGAUGCAGUUUAUGGCAAAGAAGAGAAAAAGGGAGCUGUAAUUUUAUACCUGUGCUUUGUAAAUGUUUUCUAUGUGCAGUAUUUGAUAAUGUAAAACUGGUAUUUUUGUGGUUUGUACGCUGCAGAAUUGAUUACUUAAGGUGCACGUAGUUUUGUAAGAAAAUAGAACCAAACUGAGGAAAAAAAAAAAGAACAAUUUCGGAUUCAGAAGCCUGUAUUUGCAUGCCCUUUGACAUCUGGACGCAAAGUCAAUAAAGUUUAUUUGAAUCACAAA